AUGAUAAAGACGAAACGAUCUUCUGUUCACUACCCGGUUGGGAAGUUGUCUCUCUCUCGUGACGAAAUUGUUUCCUCUCUCUCUCUGUUAUAUUCCAAGUUACUCCAAAAAAGAAAAGUUACUGCUUUUGCUCUCCUCCUUUACUGCUUUCAACCUUGUUCUUCAUUAUCUAUUAUAUUUCAAAACAAAUUUCAAUUUAAUCCUCAGGAAGUCAAUUAUUUUCAUCUUAUUUUUAUUAUCAUUAAUAAUCUCUUGUUAGAGAAGCAAAAUAUCAGAAUCUACUUUAUCUUUUUUACAAAACUUAUCAUGGAGCAUGUUAAAAAUGAUCAAGACAUGAUGAAUAGUCACCAAUACGUUGAAGAGGAGAAUGGAAGCAUGGGAAAUGAAAAUACAUUCAUUGAUUCAAAAAUGAGAGAAGUACUAAUUCAACUUCAAAGAACAUGGCAAGAAGAUUACAUGGCUUCAAGGGAAAAAAUUAAUGUUGAGGUGGCAGGAAUUCUUCACCAACAAUUUUUACAAGAUCAACAAAAAAUUCGUACGGAAUUGCUAACACAGUUUAAAGAGGAGCUUGAUGCAACAAGGAACGACUUGGAUAGAAAAUAUCAAGAUGAACUUCUAAAAAAUACGCGUAAGCUAGAAGAAAAAUAUCAAAAAGAGAUCUCUAAUAACAAGAAAAAACAAUGGUGUUGGCAAUGUGAACAAGAAGCUAUAUAUCAUUGUUGCUGGAAUACGGCAUAUUGUAGUGUGGAAUGUCAACAAGCUCACUGGAAUACACAUAGAAAAUUUUGCAGAAGAAAAAAAGGAACAUCUGCAGAGGAACAUUCAGAAAAAUGA